AUGAACAUAAGUCGCAAGACGAACUUAUGCUCCAAUCUUGUAUUCCACCGUGGAGUGGCCCAAAUAACUUCAGUCCAUGCCAUACCAUCCGUUCGUACAUCAGUACCAACCAUUCAACAUUCUCUUGAACAAUCUAAUUUAAGAAAAGCAUUAUUACAAAGACCAGGAUUACUCGGGAUCAAACGAGGUAUGAUUACUUGGUUCACUAAAACUGGUGAACAAUACGCUGCUACGGUUAUUGAAAUUGAUAAUUGUGAAGUUAUCCAACAUAAAACUAAAGAAACUGAUGGAUAUUAUUCUGUAAUGGUGGGUCAAAUUGAUAAAUUAAAAAAUAUCAAGCCUCGUGAUUUAACUAAAUUCAGAGAAGCAGGUGUUUCACCAAAAGCUCAUGUUUCCGAAUUUAGAAUUCGUGAUGAAUCAGGUUUAAUUCCUCUUGGAGUUGAAUUAAAAGCUGAUUAUUUCGCCGUGGGUCAAAAAGUCGAUGUUAAAGCUGUCACUAAGGGGAAAGGGUUCGCUGGGGUGAUGAAAAGACAUGGAUUCAAAGGGUUAAAUGCUUCCCAUGGGGUUUCUGUGGCUCAUAGAUCUGCUGGUGGUAUGGGGGGUAAUCAAAAUCCCGGUAGAGUUUUACCAUUAAAAAAAAUGGCCGGUAGAAUGGGUGGAAAGAAUUGUACGGUGUUCAAUAAUGAAGUUUUACAUGUUGAUGGUGAAGCUGGGAUCAUUAUUGUUAAAGGUCAAAUCCCAGGUCCAAAUAAGGCAUAUGUUAAAUUACUUGAUGCCAAAAAGAUUUAUGCUAAAUCAAUUAAUGAUAUAAAUAAUGGAGUUCAAAUAUAUUAG